GGCCAUAUCUGCCACCCAGAAACAGAGGCCACCUGAGAGAUCAGGAGCAAGGGGAAAACUUUCCAAAUGUGGGAUCUGUGAGCAAGAGGAGCCACUGAGAUAAGGACAGACGGGAGCAAGGGAGCAGCUGCUAUGGCUUCUAAACUCCUGACAAACAUAGAGGAGGAGGUGACCUGCCCCAUCUGCCUGGACCUCCUGAAGGAACCACUGAGCCUGGACUGUGGCCACAGCUUCUGCAAAGCCUGCAUCACUGCAGAGAACAAGGAGUACAUGACAAGCCAAGGAGGGAAGAACAGCAGUUGCCCUGUGUGCCGAAUCGCUUACUGCUCUGGGGAACUGCGGCCUAACCGGCAUGUGGCCAACAUAGUGGAGAGGUUCCGAGAGGUCAAGGUGACCUCUGAGGAGGGGCGGAAGAGAAAUCUCUGUGAGCGCCAUGAAGAGAAGCUCUUGCUCUUCUGUAAGAAGGAUGGGAAGGUCAUUUGCUGGGUUUGCGAGCGGUCUCAGGAGCACCGUGGUCAUGAAACGGUCCCCAUGGAGGAGGUUGUCCAGGAGUACCAGGAAAAGCUCCAGACAGCUCUGCAGAAGCUGAGGGAGGAGCAGCAGGAAGUGGGGAUGUUGGAAGCUACCCUCAGAGAGGAGAGAACUUCCUGGAAGGAACAAAUGCAAAAUGAGAAAAGGUGUGUCCAGGCACAGUUUAAAAGACUGAAGACUAUCAUGGAGUGUGAGGAGGUGAGGAUGGUGCAAAAGGUGGAGAGUGAGGAGAAAGCUUUUCUCAACACCCUGGCUGCGACGGAGGAUGAACUUGUCCAGCAAAGCUAGCUGGUGAGAGACCUGGUCUCAGAACUGGAGCAUCGGCUGCAGGGGUCGGCAAUAGACAUGCUGCAGGAUGUGAAUCACAUCAUGGAAAGGAGUAAGAACUUGAAUCUGAAGAAACCAAAAACUUUUCUCAAGGAACAAAAGAGAGUGUCCCGAAUUCCUGAUCUGAAAGUGAUAACACAAGCUUUUAGAGCUCAGAUGACUCCAAACAUCUCCAAAAUACAGCCUAUGCUGUCUAUUUCUACAGAUCGAAGACAAAUGAGAUGUGUGUGCUGUUGGAAACCAAAUAAUACAUAUGAUAGCAAUUAUGGUGUCCUGGGCUCCCUGGUUAUUGGACUGGGGAAAAAUUACUGGGAGGUAGAUCCUGGAGGUAUAGCAAGAACAGCCUCAGUUGUCAGGACAGGAAGAAGCCAGGGGAGCUCUGCAAUGGAUUUUCCAGCACAGGUGAACAUACAGAAGGAUGUGACCUGCCCCAUCUGCCUGGAGCUUCUGACAAUGCCCCUGAGCCUGGACUGCGGCCACAGCUUCUGCCAAGCUUGUAUCACUGCAAAGAGCAAGGAGUCAGGGACCCACAAAGGAGGGGAAAGCAAUUGCCCAGUGUGCCAGUGCAAAUACCAGUUUUGGAAUCUCCGACCUAAUCAGCCCCUGGCCAACAUAGUGAAGAAAGUCAGGGAGAACAUGAGCCCACAGCAGAAAAAGCUCUGUAAGCACCAUGGAGAAAAACUCGUGAUCUUCUGUAAGGAAGAUGGGAAGGCCAUUUGCCAGCGCUGUGCCCAGUCUGUGGAGCACCACGGUCAUCAAAUAUUCUUCAUGGAGAAGGUGAUCAAGGAAUGUCAGGAAAAGCUCCAGGCUGCUCUGAAGAAGCUAAGGAAGGAGGAGCCGAAAAUGGAGGAGUGGGAAGCUGACAUCAGAGAGGAGAAAGCUUCCUGGAAGAAUCAUAUGCAGACUGAGAGACAAAGGAUUCUGAAAGGGUUUAAUGAAAUGAAAGCCAUCCUGGACAGCGAGGAGAAGAGGGUGCUGCAAAAGCUGGAGGAGGAUGAAGUGAAUGUGUUGGAUAACUUGGUAGUGGCCAAAGACCAGCUGGCCCGGCAGAAGCAGUGCUUGAGAGAGCUCAUCUCAGCUGUCGAGCAUCAGAUAUGGGGGUCGUCAGUAGACACGGUGCAGGAUAUGAUUAAUGUCAUGAAAAGGAGUGAGAGCUGGACCUUGAAGAAGCCAAACACUGCUUCCAAGAAACUGAAGAGUACAUUCCGAGUUCCAGAUCUGAGCGGGAUGCUGCAAGUGUUUAAAGAGCUGACGGAGGUCCAACGCUACUGGGUGGAUGUGAUGCUGAAGCCAGUCAAUGCUAUUUCGAAUAUUGCCAUUUCUGCUGAUAAAAGACAAGUGACAGCUGUGCACAACCUCUCGCUUAAAAAUAUAUUUCUAUGUGAUUUCUCUGCUUUUGAUAUCUUGGGCUGCCAACAUUUCUCCUCAGGGAAGUAUUACUGGGAAGUCGAUGUGUCUGAGAAGACUGCCUGGAUCCUCGGGGUGUACAGUAAAGCAAGAAACCUCAAGAGAAAAGGGAGCUCUGGGUUUGUUUUUGAUCCAAAUGUAAAUCACCCAGAUGUUUACUCCAGAUACAAACCUCAAUAUGGCUACUGGGUUAUUGGGUUACAGAAUGAAUCUGAGUAUAAGGUCUUUGAGGAGUCUUCCACCUCUGAUCCCAAGGUCUUGACUCUUUUCAUGCCUGUUCCUCCCUGUCGUAUUGGGACUUUCCUAGACUAUGAGGCACGUAUUGUCUCAUUUUUCAAUGUCACAAACCAUGGGUCACUCAUCUACAAGUUUUCUAAUUGUCAGUUUUCUCAGACUACUUACCCGUAUUUCAAUCUUUGGAACUGUCAGCGCCCCAUCACCGUGUGCCCACCGAGCUCCUGAACCUUCUUAGUCCCUAACCCACUUCUGUGUCGGGGCCCUUGCCCUGGGGCUCAUCUACACCUGAGCUUAUCUGCAUCGUUCUGAACACAUCUUCCUUCUUUUCUCGUUCAUUUUAGAAUGUUUUGGAAUACUCUGCUAGGACUGCUGUAAAAAAGCAGCACAGAAUGCGUGACUCAAACAACAGAAAUUUCUUGUCUCACAGUUCUGUAGGCUGGAAGUCUAAGACCAAGGUGUCAGCAGAGUUGUUUUUUGUUUUAUUUGUUUUAUUUGUGUUUUUUUUUUUUUUCUGAGGGCUGUGAGGGAAGGGUCUAUCCAUGCCUUGUAGAUGGCUGUCUUCUCUUUGUGUCUAUUCAUAUCAUCUUCCCACUGUGCAUUUCUCUGUGUCUAAAUCUCCCUUUUUCUGAGGACACCAGUCAGAUUGGAGCAGGGUGCACCCUAGUUACAUCAUUUUAACUUAAUCACCCCGUAAAGACCCUAUCUCCAAAAGGUCACAUUCGGAAGUAUUGGGGGUUAGGACUAUAACAUAUGAAUUUGGGGGAAACACAAGUCAACUCAACAGUCUUUUACACAUCGUGCAGUGAAAGCUUGAGAAUUUUCUUCCUAAUAUUUUGUUUUCAUUAGGGGAGAAUGCUUUUUUUUUCUUUUUAGUUUUUGCUUAGUAUUAGGAGAGAAUGCUUAUUUGCAAAGAGAACACAUCUAAUCCCUCUGUAGAAAGAGCAGCAUUGCUGUGCCUCCUCUGACAUCUCUUGUCCUCAUUCCCUCUGCUGUUUAAUGGAACCAACAAAGGAAAAGAUAUCGAUUCUAUCCAAGUGCAUAGGACACAGAACAGGGCAUAGGAAUCUGUCACUAGGUAGUGAAUCUUUCAGAGCGCUUUGCUUUAUCAGUGGCACUCCUUUAUGUAUGACGGAGUUAAAGCAGAAGUGCAUAACUAAAAUAUUUACAAAGGGUAGAUUUUUGGUGCUCAGAGUUUCUGAGGUCAAGUCUUGUCUCUUUACUUACAAGCUGUGUAAACUUGAACAAGUUACUUAGCACCUCUUGGUCUCAUUUUCCUAAAAUAAAAAUUGAUGUUUAACAUUGUACCUAUUUCCUAGGGUCACAUUGAGAAACCAAAUUUUAUUAGAUGUGAAGCACUUACCUAAGCAUCUUAUAUAUAAGAAUAAAUAUUUGUUAUUGCUGAAAAAAUAUAGGCAGUAUCGAUGACAAUUUUUUUUGUUUUGUUUUGUUUUGGUUUGGUUUGGUUUUGCUUUAAUAAAAUAAUAAUUGACUCUA